UUGCAUUUAGGUACUUUGGUUAUUCUUUGUGGGACUGCUUUGCCAUGAAGCUUUGUAGCUUGUGUUUGUUGCCCAUGGCUGUUGCAGCUGAGGUUAUCACCGAUGCUUCGCCGACGUUUCACCGCAUCGCGAACCUUUCGAAGACCGUGCAGAAAGUGUCCUUUCACCAUGACACCCAGCAUGGAAGGCCCGUCAGCUGGUCGGACGCCUUGAGUCUCCUGAAGACUCCCAGGUUCCAGGAGCAGCUCACCUCCAUCCUUCAGGAGAGCCCUUUCAAGGCUUUCUACUGGGAAUGCUCUCCUUUGAGCUCUGCCACCCAGGAGCGAAGGCCAUUUGAAUUUGUGAUCAUCGAGGGCGCAAAUUUGGACCGAGCAUCUCCGGACACGGAGUCCUUCUCGGAGUAUUUGGAAGGAUUCAAAGGCCAAGAAGUGGCCCGAGCCUUCACGAAUUUAGGAGGUGAUUCCACCUUGGUCGCACCAGCACAAGCGACGGCCUCGCCCGAGGACUACAAGCACUUCGGUGCUUUCAUCCGGCGAGCGCCAUCUGCCCAGCAUCAUGCAGCAUGGAAAACCUUAGGGCAGGAGAUCGAAAAGCGCUUGGAGCAGAAUCCACAGGCGCCCUUCUGGGUGAGCACUGAGGGCUCAGGCGUUGCGUGGCUCCACCUUCGCAUUGAUCCACGGCCCAAGUACUACCACCAUCGCGAGUAUCGCUCACCGGAGUAUGGCCUUGAUGACUGAGUGAGUUGAUUUGAUGGCCCUUGAGCGGCAGGAACGUGGCCUAGAUUAUGCAUGAUGGCUGAUGGUUGCACAUUUCACCUCUAGCCCUUCCCGGCCCGUUCGGGUCCAUUCAGUGCCCAGCUUGGAGGGUUCAUCGUGCAGUUCCAGCUGAGAGUGCAGGUUGGGCUGUAGUUUCAC